AUGCAACGGCCUAUCAUCUCCGAUCGAGAACUCGAACAGCCUUCACGCAACGAUCUACCGUUAUUCGCCUAUAAAACAACGACCUCGAAUGUCAUAACACAAUUCCGCGUCGCAUCAUCCAAAAUGCUACGACAAAUAUUGUUUUUUCUUUACGUGUUGACGUACGCACAGUGUCAAGUACUACCGCUCAUUUUUGCUGCCCCCAGCGCAGUGUCCCACCAAUCCAGGAUUGAUAUAAAACGUACUCCAGUCACGCCACUAAUCUACAGCCCAUCAGGUGUAUUUGGAAGUAAUUUUAAGGAGAUCCAGCCGAAUCGGAGAGUGGACACUACCAUAUAUACGGACGCGGUGUUAACGCCUAUAGCGUUGACGUUUUUUCAUAACCUGCCCCUGGCGAGGGCUUUGGAACACCCUAUAUCACUUAGCGAAGUGCAGAGUAAAACUAAUCAAGAUGAAGAGAAGUAUAUAAAAAAAUCAACGGAAUAG